CAUUGGUCGGCGGUGACGACAAUCCUGAAACGUGCUCCCGCCCACCGAGCGGAUCAAGUUUGAAUGAACAACAGCAGUCUGUUCUGGAGGUGGUAGCCUAGUUGCAUUUGCAGUAAUUAUUAAAAGUGUGUAUCAUAUCGCGGGUGCGCCGAUCAAGGAUGGACAUGAAGAAAAGAAUUCAUCUAGAGUUGCGGAAUCGCACUCCGUCAGAUGUCAAAGAACUUGUGCUAGACAACUGUCGUUCAAAUGAAGGCAAGAUCGAGGGUUUAACAGACCAAUUUGAGGAGCUGGAGUUUCUAAGCACGAUCAAUGUUGGACUGACAACAGUUGCCCACUUGCCGAAGCUAAAUAAACUCAAAAAGCUCGAACUCAGCGAUAAUAGGAUCUCAGGAGGGUUGGAAGUUCUGGCAGACAAAUGCCCCAACCUCACACAUCUCAACCUCAGUGGAAACAAGAUUAAAGACCUCAGCACAAUAGAACCUCUGAAAGAAUUGGGGACCCUUAAAAGCCUAGAUCUGUUUAACUGUGAAGUGACAAACCUGAACGAAUACAGAGACAACGUAUUCAAGCUACUACCCCAGCUCACGUACCUGGAUGGAUACGACAAAGACGACAAAGAGGCCCCAGAUUCGGACGCUGAGGUUUACGCAGAGGGCUUGGAUGAUGACGAGGACGAUGAAGAUGAUGUAGAUGAGGAGGAAUAUGAUGAAGAUACAGCACCAGGAGACGAGGAGGAGGAAGAGGCAGAGGAGGAUGAAGAGGAGAAUGAAGAAGAGGAAGAGGAGGACCUCAGUGGCGAGGAGGAAGAGGAGGAAGAUGUGAAUGACAAAGAGGUUGACGAUGAGGAUGACGAGGAAGAAGAGCGAGGUCAGAAGAGAAAACGGGAACUGGAUGAAGAAGGGGAGGAGGAUGAAGACGAUUGAGAGUCCUCUUGAAGCUAAGUUGUGAACUGUUUUAAACUUGUAUCUCCCAGUCACUUCCCAACAACCCCAUGUAUUUUUCCCCCCAGUUUCAUAUUGCAGUAGGAGUGGUUUUUGUUAUUGGCCAGUCAGGUAGACGGGGUUGUCUGGAGAAAUAAGUUAAAUUUAUGUAUCUUUGAUGCUCCUGUGUUACGUCCACUUUUAACUGCUUUGUGGACACCAAUUUUGUAAUAUCAAAUAAUAGCAAAGAUAAACCUUUUUAAGAAAUGUUUUUGUUUUCUCACUGUUUGUGUAUGACCAGUUUCUGAUGAUGUGUAUUUUAAA